AUGAAGUCACCAGACAGACUCGCGCUGCUCUUAGCAGCAGCAGCAGCAGCAGUUCCGGUGGCAGCCUUUACAAACACCAAAGUCGACUUCUUCAUGCGCAAGAACAUCGAUCCCAUCGUCAUCCCGGGCCAGUACAAGAGCCACAUGCACAGCUUCUUCGGCAGCGACGCGGUGAGGGUGAACAUGAGCUCGACGGCCGAGUUGCAAGAGGGAUGUUCUACGGCGCAGAACCCGAAUGAUUUUUCUGUAUAUUGGAUCCCUACCCUCUACCACGUCCAAGGCGAAACCCGAACGCCCAUCGAACCGGUCUCGUUCGUAGCCUAUUACAACUUUGACAAGGACCCGGCCGAGGUGCCCAUUCCGCCCAACUUCUCCGUCGUGGCGGGCAACUCCAGGGCCUCGACGGAAGCGGACCUGAUCCCCGGUUCCGACGUGACCUGGCUCUGCCAGAACCAGGCCUUCGACGCGGGCGGGAAAGAACAUUCCCAGUUCCCGCAGAACACGUGCUCGACUUCGUUACAGGCGGUCCUCUGGUUCCCAGACUGCGUCGACGAAACUACCCUUAAGUCCGCAUACUCUGACAAGAAGACGGGGGCGUGUGCGGGUGGGAUGAAGAGGAUGCCGCAGCUGCGUUUUAGUAUACGCUACGACACCAAGAAAGCGAUCCCCGAAGGCUGGAAGGGCGGGGACCCGCCGAUCGAGCUCGCUCUAACGAUGCCGAUGGGGUAAUGCUCCUAAACAUUGGAAGAAAAGUAUUCGAAAUAGGAAUCAAUGUCGUCUCGCGUCGGGGCCCUCGGGAGUCGGGAGCACCCAGUUUAGCUCCAUGCGGACGGGUAUCCGGCCGAAAAAAAAAAAAAAAAAAGACCUCGAGGCUUGCCGCUUGGCCCUGCCAUCGCUGGGGCACGCCUCGAUCGAGCAAAAGGCCGUGGUUGCUCCUUUCACUCUGGCGUAGUGGGUGGUGAGUGAGCGCUGAGCCCUGCGUCAUAAAUGGAGCCUGCCCACUCCACCCCAAGGCUAAGCCGGGGGCAGCCACCGAGAGAUGGAAGGCCAAGACGGUUCUCGAGUUGAAGGAGGGUUGACGAGUGGGUGGGUGGUUACGUUUGCUGGCAUGGCUGAGAAGUCUUGG